AGAAAUGCUCUGCUCUAUACUUGUAGACAGUGAAUACUACUUCACAAUAAUAUACUGACUGAACAAUAAAAGAAAAACAUGCAAUAACCUUCACACCACAAACAGGCCUAGUAAUAAAGCAGCAGCAAGAUUACUCACUUAAUAAAUAAUAAUAAUUAAAAUAAUUACUAUAGAUAAAAAUUUAAUAAAAUGACAACCACCCCGGGAAGCAAAGAGGGGAGCGGCAAAGCUAUUAUCAAAUUUCAAAAAUAAAAAACGCCAACAGUACAUUGAAAUAUACUAAAAAUGUAGGCUAUCCCAGAGCGGAGACGCUCCCUGAAAAUGCAGGACAACACCACCACACAGGAGAGCGUCGUGGAGCCUCCGCCUCACUCCGGAGCUGCUGACUGGAAACACCGGCAGUCUGAGACGCUCAAAUUACUCCACCGCAGCUGUGGAGCUUCAAGCAGCUCGCCGGCAGACUCAGGAGAAAGCAGGGAGAGAGCAGGUGAUCGGUGUUGUAAGCACAGGAGGGAGCCGCCUUAUCCAGCUUGCAGGAGACUGCAAUUAACCUCUGGUGUCCCCUCUCCAGCAUGCAGCUCCCACACAGUGAUGUAACCAUUAAUGUAUCAUUAAGAUAAAGACUAGAAUGCCUCAGCUUGGAAGCCUGUUUACUCAGUUUCAUCUCAGCUCCAAAGCUUCAGAAAGUCCUCAAGGCCAGAGCCCACAUCAGACACCAAUACUACCAGAUUUUUUACAACAUGUCAGGAAACUCACUGGGCUGAGAAAGGAUGAGGUUUACUGCAAUCUGCGUAUCCCCGACCAGUUUCAGGCCACCAAAGAUGACAUCAAUAUUGUUAUCCUCGCAGGCCAGGGGAUCUUCUGCAUAGAUGUAAAACCCUGGAGAGGCACAGUGUCCGCUCACAACCAAAACUGGCUUGUGCAAGUGAAAGAAGAGGACCAAAACUUUACCAAUACCUGCAUUGAGCAGAUUGAAGAUCCCCUCAAAGCUAUCAUGACCAAGACAGUCAACUUAUGUGGCCAUUUGAAGAGGAGUGGAGUGUCUGUGCGCCAAAGCCUCUUCUUCCCCAGGGUUAUCUUCCUCUCUCCAGACUGCGAUCUGGAUGAGGAGCUGAGGAAGAGGAGGGAGCUGGUCUCCCACAGCCAGAUAGACUGCUUCCUCAGAUCUUUCCGGGAGGGCUACAUGGCCUGGAUAUCAGAUGCACUGACUCCCUCCUGGCUCUCUGGUCAUCUGUCGUACAGGCAGAUGGAGUCAGUGCGGGAGGUCCUGAGGAGGGUGGGAACAUGGGAUGUGGUGCAGCUGCACUGUGGUGAGCAGCUGAAAGGAGACUACCAGGACUGCCAGUACAUCGCUCUCAACCGACAGGAGACAGACAUGCUGGAGUUUUCCAGAGUCAAGACCCUGUCAGCUGAUUCGCUGUGGGCCCUGCUGGGACACGCUCCUCAGGUAACCGUUAAAAUGUACAAGCGUGGCUCUCACGGCUGGCUGGGCAAAUCCCUGAAUGCCACCACCACCAUCCCCUCCAACACCUUUGUCAUCUUCAGGAUCAGCGGGGAGGAAGCAGAUGCCAAAAUCCCAGCAAACACCAUUCACAGCAUCACACUCAGCAUGUGACAGUCAAUAAAGAGGAUAGCCAUCACAAAAUGGCGCUGCCGAGAGAGGAAGCAUUCUUAAUCACAAGUAUGCAGAUGCAAAAAAACAAACUCUUAAUUUAGCUCAAACCUAAUCACAUUUUUAUUGAGUGCCUUUUACUAUGCAGUGUUUGCAUUUUGUUAUAUUAUGCUAACAACACAGGUUCUGAAUGUCUUUAAGUGAACAUUUGUUAUAAAAAAAAAAGAAAGAAAGAAAAGAAAAAAUGCCCUAUUUGCAAAUUUCCUUGAUUCUCCGAUCCUCAGUGGCAAUAUUAUGUUAAUGAAGAUGGUUUCAGACAAUUAGCCUGAUUAACUUUCUCUUGUUUUGAAUUUCUAGGGCUGGCCCACACUUUACACUAGCCAUUAAUUAAUCAUUAUGUUAGCUGAUUGUGUCACAUCAGUUCAAGAUUGAAGUGUUUAAUGUGUUAAUUGUGGCGGUUAAAAACUGGUUGCCUCUAGUACAACGAGGGCCAAGCGUGUUACUGCCUCUAUGGGUUUAAUGGGCGGUGAUUUACGGUCUGUUUAGAUGGUGUAACUGUAAGGUGCUUUAUUAAUAUGCUCCACCACACAGAGGAGAUGAUAACAUAUUCAAGAGCGCACAGGCGCAGCCGCCAGCACCAUUCAUAACUGUGUCUGAGUCACUUUCCAUCAGUUACCAGGCUUAGUCAGCUGCGCUAACAGCUAGCAAUUGUAUUUACUGUGCCUGGUCGUGGCCAAAAUGAAGUUAUUUCCAUCAAGAUAUCAGUGCCUUUAGCUAAUGCAAUAGAAGGAGCUCUCUGUGUUGAUGGUAUCUCUUUGCAUGGCAUCUCUCUACCUGAAACAUCAUUACACUGUACUCAAGCUCCUCACUUUUUCAAAUGUCUGUUUACUGUUUUACCUGAGGGACAGAUCAUUGGUAGUUGUACAAACAGCACUGUGUUGUUUGCAUUUGUAGGUGCACAUUUUUUAGACUCUGGUUGUUUUCAGAUCUUGGUUAACAUUGCUUGAAUGUGUUUUGAUGAAUUUAUUGUCUUUGCAUAUUUAUACUUAAGCACUAAAGAGUGUCCUCAGGAACUGUUUUCUCCACAACACUUGACAAACAAUAUUGACAAUAUCAGACGAUCUGGGAUGAGAAGGACUUUAAGGAAAUUACUAUAUGUAAUUCUGAUAAGUGGUGCAGGUUUUACUGUAAAUUCAUUAUACCUAACAAUCAAUGUUUUCUUCAUUUUUUUAAAAACUAAAAGCACUUUCAGCAUCAAGCCAACUUAAGAAGCACGAUUGUUAACCAUACUCUUCAGUUGACUAAUUUAAGCAUGGUUGUUUUAUUCAUUGGUGUGUUUUUCUAUUCAUGGUAUCAUCAAGUGUUUUUAUGUUUACAUGUAUUUGUACUAUCUGGUCUCAUAAUAAAAAGAUUUGAUGAUU